CAUAGCUGGGUUUGAUGAAAGUUGUCGAAAUACAUGAAAUAUCGUGAUAACAAAUCGAUUUGUAGAUGAUAUAUCGGGCGAGUUGUGACCUCUAAGUUGUGUAAAUUCGUGCAACAGGUUCAGUUGAGGCGAUCAAACUAAAAACAUGUCGAAUAAUUCGACGCAAAGAGUCCGCAGAAAUGCAUCGCCGGCUUCAUCAUCGAAGCAAGGUCCAAUGAAAGCAACCUUGCAAUUUUCUCUAAUGCAGGGAAGCCCCACUCGAACAAAUGGCAAAAAAGGGAGCCCUUCUUCUUCGCCAACACCAUCAAGAGGGACUGAUCGAGUAAAACCAAGACGUUCCCCUGACAGCCGGGCAUCUCCAGAGAGGCGUAGUCCAAGUUCACCUGGAAUAAAAGUUGAAAGACCAAAAGCUAUUCGAUCAAGUCCAUCGCCGGCCAUCCGACGGACUGGUUCCUUGGAUGCUAUUGCUGGUCCUUACUUAACAGGACAAUGGCCACGAGAAAGUAUGUUCAGCCAACCUGGAAUGACCGACAAGUCCACACAGACGCCCGAGGAGUGGGAUGAAGCAGACAAGGACAAAAAGAAGAAACAUAAGCGAUCUGCAUCAGUUGGCAAUGGUGAUCAACAACUGGCAGCAUUAACCGUAUAUCGCCAGAUGCUGCAGCGAAAGAAAGAUGGCAGCAAGCAGUGUGUGACGUCCAGCCAACGACAGAGUCCCAUACAGGGUAACCACUCGGCGAUCCACCCGACACCACCUCUACACACCAUAUCGAAAGCAAUAGUAAUUCCUGGGACACACAUUCCAAAGGUGGUCAUACCACGUAUUAGGGGAAGCUAUGAAGGAUUAAAUGAAGAAAUUGAAAAAUUAGUUCUGCGAAACCACCCUGGUCCAGAGGGUGAAGAACGGCAAGUACAAGAGCCUACCCCUGAUGGGCACCGUGCGCCAGUAUUAGAGCUAAUCCGAGGCAGCAGCACACGCAGUGUCGACACUCAGACCCCAUCAGGUUACAUUGAACAUGACAGCGGCAACAGCAGCAGGUCACAGUCCAUCAGUCCAACGUUCCCAAUCAUUCCAGCGGGUUCGAUGGACACAUCACGGCCAUCAAGUCGCUCAGAGUCAUCAGAUAGCACAAGUAGGGAGUCAGAAACUCAGGGAGAGCUGAAAAUUGUGAAGUCACGUAAGGAGGCAGAAUUAGAGGCAUCAGCAUGUUCUGUUCCACAAGAAGAAGAAGAAACGGAAUCACCUGAACCGCAGACUCUACCAAAAAAUACCAUUAGUCCUCGCCCAAAUAAAUCAUAUUCGUUUGUGAGAGAGCCUCCAGAUGGAUGUGAGAAAGUUAACAUUAUCAGUGAGCCAAAAAGAGCUCCUCCAGUGCUUAAGGAGCCACUUCUCUCCUGUCCUCAGCAAAGUGAAUUCGUGCUAAAACCAAGUGCGCAGUCUGCGUUCUACCCAUUCUACACUAAGUUAUAUGGACAAGAGAUUGCAAUGAAGGCGCCUGUCACACCGGCAGCAUUGCCAAGCAUAGAGAGUCAGUGACAUGAGGAUUAUAGUAUGUGAGGAGAUUCUGGCUGGCCUUAAUGUUUUGAUUAGUGUCAUUCUAUCAGAAACUGACAGUAGAACCAGCGUCUGUGAUGUCUUUUCAGACUUGCGAAUGGUUGGUCGGGUAGCAAUCGCAGUCGAGCUGGAGACAGCAGACGUUAUUGCGUCUUGUCUUAUAAGAUGAAGUCAUCUAUCUCCUUGAUAUAUUGUAUUGUGAUAACAUUUAAUAUCUGGCUGGAGUUGUUAGUGACCCUAGAGUAGCUGCUGGUCUAUGGCUACCUGACUUUUCACUUGACAGUGCCACGUGUAUUAGGUCACUUACUGUGUGCAUCAUCUGUAGAUAUUUUUAUGCAACAUUCUUGUAAAAACUGUAUAGUAUCCGCACAAGGAGUCAUACAAAUCGUUGAGUCUUUCAUAGGAUUUUCCCUCCUGCCAUCAUAAAAAAUCAUUGGUUGUCCUGGCCCAACCUUUCUGACAUGAUUUAUUGUGUGUUGUUAUGACAUCGUUAGUAAUAAUUAGUUCAUAACAUGGACUCACUCUUUUACUAAAAAUUUAAUUGUUUGUCCCAUCACUUUAUUAACAAGCCUAUUUGUGUACAGAUAAAAACCUUUGGUGCUGUGAUGUCUGUCAUUUUGAUCAAUAUGUUUCUGUCAGUUGGUGUUGAGGGUGACAUUAAUAAUUAUAGCUGCUUAGCAAAGAAAGCUUCAGAAAAUACUGUACGUGGUUGAGUAGGCCCCCUUAAUUGUUUUUGGCCUUAUAGCAGUGUGGCCAGUCAUUGUAGUGUUGUGAUAUGUAGCCAGGAUAAUUUAAGGAAGUCUGCCUUCUCGUGGUGUGCUGAACGUCAUUUAUCUGUCCGUGGGUUUCCAGUUACAUGCCCACAGAACAAGUGUCCUGGUGCCACACUUUUUGUGGCGAGGUAGGCAGGUAUUGAGCUUACAGUUAAUAAUACCUCUGGGUACAUGUAGUUAUUCUGCGGGUUGCAUUGUUAGCAUGCAUAAUCUGGAAACCUAUUCUGUCCUUACAAUCCUGUUGACCCAAACUGUCUCCAAGGUAGUUGGAAGCAUCCAUCUACAACCAAAUGAACAAGGAGAGUUCCCUUUUCUAAAGCCUUGGUAUUUGAUCCAGGUGUGGGCGUGGCUUAAAGGGGUACACCGUUUGUAAUUACUGGUGGUCCAGGAAAAUAGAAACACAUUUAUACACAAUGCUGAAGUGAAGUUAUCAUGCAUAGGAAUUGCUGAAACUCUGUACUUACAGUAGUUGUGAAUCUGUCUGCAGUAUUGUUGAAAUUUAUACCAAGUACGUAUUCACAUUUUCAAAUUCAAUACCAAGAUUUUAAAUAUUCAGCGAUUGUACUGUGUCAGAAAUGUGCACUACUUGUCCUCAGUUUAUUUGUAGGGCACAACAGCAUUCCCAAAAGCAGACAUAAUAUUCACACAUAUUCUCUCUGCCACUAUUAGCUGCCAUUUUGGAAAAGUACAGCACAUUAUACAUUGCGAACGCCCAGUGUAAUUAGACUAAAAAUGGCUGCGGCUGACAGAUUCGUACUCACUUUUGACUUUGGGGGUAAAAUGACAGAAACUUAUAUUGUUUAGAAUAAAUCUUUUUGCAACCAAAAUGUUCUAAUAUAUAUCUUUAACCAUGUCACAAACUUUAACGACUAGCGGCCCCGUAAAGUCUCAUAAUAAUUGAAUGGCCUCAUCCAGGCCAUUUGGAGGCAAUGCAAGCAGGGACAGAACGACCUCAGUUAUGAUAGAGUUUCUGUUGUGCGCUAGGAUAGCAGAACAGAGGGGGAUUCCGAAACAAAUUUUAUGAAUUUCGUGGACGAGUGAUCAGGCAGUAUAUUAUAACACACUUUAUGGCUGGUACAGAAAAAACCUAGGGAAUGGUAUGUUUGACGUUGUCAACAUAGGUUAUUUAAGGUUAUAUCAGCCAACAUAAUCUUUUUGCAUUUUGGUGAGCACUUCUGUAUCGGCGAGCCUUUUUAAAGGUUACAGUUAUUUUCUAAAAAUGUCCGUUUACUUUUGAAUCGCCUUCAGGUCUUCUGAGGGCUGAUGGUAAAUCUUGGAAUCCGCUCUUGUGAUUUAUGCAUGUGAUAGUUUCAAAUGUGAUGAAUUCUGUUUGGCAGCACCCAUGCUGAUGAUGUUGAUGCACCAGUGCAAUUGCAGCCUGAUCACCAUCAGUCAAAAUGGGACUUCCUGCAAGCUAAUAUAGUAACCCUGCUGCUGGCUUUAUCAUCAAAAGUAGAUGACCGGGAACUUGGCAGUUUUAUGAUGGGGUAUCAUCAAUCUUGAACUUACUCACUGCCGUUGCUACAAAAAAAAGAGACUGGGAACUUAAGUUCUGGUUGAGUAGUUUGUUUUAAAUGUUCUCAUGGUUUCCGACUCUAAGAACCCAUUUAGUAUUUUGUUCCAGAUUGGUAUUGGUCUAGGAAUGCAGGAGUUCUUGAUGGUGUUCAUAUUCACACGUUUUUGGUUAUAUUUGGCAUUGUUUGUAGCUCAUGUUCAAGUUGGUGACUUCAAUAAAUCGAUUGAGUCUGCCAGCACAGCCACCAUCCCAUUGCUGAUCUUGAAUAGAAGAGUCGAGCGCUGCUCUUCCCUCCUUGAUUGAAGGCUCCACCAUCCUAGGUCAUUUGUAAGUUACAAAUCUUGCCACCCUUUCUUUGGACCAUCUCUACUUUUAUGAUGUCUUUAUCAAGGUAUGGAUCCCAUAUUGCAGCUCCAGUACUGAACGGACCAUGGCAAGGUACAGAGUUUCCUUGGCUUUUGCUGGUGAUCCACUCCGGUUCCCUCUGAUUAACCCUAAAACACAAUUUGCCUUCUUUGUUGUGCAGCAAUAUGAGAGUCCCAUGUCAAGACAGUGUUAGGCCGAGGUAUUUGGCUGUGUGUACUUCAUGGAGAAUGUGCCCUGAUAGAGCGUAGAAACGUUCAAGUUUCUGUUUUUCUUCGAAAUGCGCAUGAUAUUGCAUUUAGAUGCAUUGAACGACAUGCCCCAAUCUUUCCUGCAUUGUACUGUUUUAAGGCGAUGCAGAUGUCCACCGACUUGAUGAUUCUGUAAAGCAGGCAGUCAUCUGCAAAGAGUCUUACUUGGGAUUGUACAGCUUUAAGUAAAUCAUUGAUGUGUAAUAGAAAGAUGAGCGUCCCCAGCACUGUCCGUUGGGGGUACUCCGGAAUCAACAGGAACAGGUAGCUAUGAUUCCCCUCCAACUACUACCAUUUUUUUCCUGUUGGUCAGGAAUUUUUUAAUCCAUUCAGUGAUGGGACCUUGGUUGCCAUAAUGAUGGAGCUUAUGCAUGACUCGUCGUUGGGGGUGUGUAUUAAAUGCCUUGGAAAAGUCAAGGAUAGCUAUGUCUAUCUGGUUGUUAUCGUCUUAUUCAAAAAAUUAAGGGAUUUUUGGAGCUUUUUUUCUCCAGCCAGGUGCUCCAUAAGCUGAUUAGGUAAAGAUGAACAAAUGGUUGUAACUAAUAACCAAUUAACUAAACUUUCUAAUUAGAAAAAUAUGCAAAUUAGGUCACAUGACUGUGACUAUUUCAAGUGAUGUUUCAAACAGAACCUCAAAUGGAGCAAUUACCAUUAGGUUAGUGGUGAAAAACAUGUGAAACCAACAUCCUUCUCGUUUGGUUGAUCUUUAAACAGCCGGACAACAGGAUUCGUCAAUAUGCUUCUUUAUUGGAUCAGUCUUGUUGUACAUAGAUUAUUGUGGACCUCGUCUACUCUGGUCUAUCCUGACCUCUGAUCUCUGUCUGUUAGAACUAGGAAUCAAGCUAGAAUUUAUAUCAUUUUGUGUUUUGUUUUAGGUUACUAAU